UCGUUAAGAAUAUCAACCAAAAGGGCAAGCAAUUAAAGAUAUAUAAAACAAAAACAGUUUUAAACUCUAGUAUUUAAAAAAGCCUUGUAUAGUAUUAAAAAAAGAAUCUAAGACAUUUGUAUACUACGUCCCGCAGACAUUAUCCCAAUUGACACAUGUAAACAAAGGUAAGCCCAUACCGCAAGUCUUCUUCAACCUUAUCAAAUCAGGAUUUGUGUUGCUGUUCCAUGUUACAUCGAUCUUUUAUUAUUGGGAAACGGAAAAAAGGCAAUGAAUGCAAAUGCACAAGAAAAACCAGCAGAGGAACACACAACAGACAAAAAAACAAUGAAUGCAGAUGCAGAAGGACCCCCAUCAGAAGAGAAGUGGGGAUAUGAUUUAUAUCCAGAAAGGAGAGGAGAGAAGUACAAGCCUUCUUGGACCAAGAUUGCAUGGUUUGGAGAAGGAAGAGAAAAUUCGGACAAGUUUAAAUGUGAAAAAAAUGUAUGGAAUUGUGUUCAAAAGAGUCCUGCUGUGAAACUGAUGUUGUCAGCAUUAAAAUCGUCUGGAUGUGAAGUUGACCUUACUAGGCAUAUUUCAUGUGAAGUUUGUGACGUUUCUGUUAGUGGAGGUUAUGAUCCAGAACUGAAUCAGGUGGUUGUGUGCCAAAAUGUGGCCAGAUCUGAAGGUCUUACCCAGGGUGUUCUUACUCAUGAACUGAUACACAUGUUUGAUUACUGUAAGCACAAAUUAGAUUUCAAGAACAUAGACCAUUUGGCGUGCACUGAGAUCCGAGCAGCGAAUCUCACACAUUGCUCCUUCUUGUCAGCAAUGGUUCAAGGAGAUGCUUCACCUUUCAAAAUUGCAAAAACUCACCAGGACUGUGUUAAACGAAAAGCAGCAAUGUCUGUUUUGGCUGUGAGACGAGUCAGUGAAGAAGAAGCCAUGAAAGCUGUAGACAGAGUUUUUGAUAGAUGCUACAAUGACUUGGAGCCCAUUGGCAGAAGGAUACGUAGAAAUUCUCAUGACAUGGAGAAAGCCUACAUGGAACGAUUUGCUUAUGGGUAUGAUUAACAUGGAAGCUGUAAAAUGUUAUGUUCUUAUGUACAGUAUGUAUGUAAUAGCAGUUCAAAUUGAAUAAUACUGUUUGGAUCAAAGUAUGCUUAAUUCAGUAUUAAUAAUACUGGAGUAUGUAUAGAUGAUGUAAAUAUGCUGUUGAAGAUGUGAUUUACUGUACAGAUGUGGUAUGAUUUAAGGUUAGAAUUUCAUUAAAAGUAUUUCUAAAUGUGUUUUCAAUGUAAUGCUUUAAUGAUUACAAGAUUCAGCUGUCUAAAACAUACCAUUAUGAUAGAUAUGAUGAGUUUUAUUCAAAAUCUUUUUUUCUUGCAUUGUUAGAAAUUUCAAAUGAAGGGAGGCUUAUAGUGCUGUUUGGGAUAUGUGUACAAUAUGUAUUAUAAUUUGAUUCAAAAUGCACUGAAAAUGUACUUUGUAAAUACAGUACCUAGUUCUGUGACUUACAUCUGUACUUCAUUGUAGUAUUUUUAUAACAUAGAUUGUUUUCAAGUUACUUUA